AUGCCUUCACGUACCAUACAGGCCACCGGCGUGGCCCGUUCCCGAUCUCCAUCACCAUCGGAGUCUUUCGACAGCACGUUAUCUUCUUCAAGCACACUCUACUCCCCGACCACAGACUCGUCGCCUCCCCCGUCAGCACCGCCUACGGUCGUUGCAACCCCGCCUUCCAUGUACAGCAAUUCAGGCACCCGACCACGGCGGCUGACACCACCCCAAAGACUGCUUGGUGCCAUCGAUGAGGACAGCCCCACUGUGCAACCAGAUCUACCCCUCUCGAGCAGCAAGCAGGACCACCCGGUCGCCAAGCUCCAUGUCUACGCCGCUCUUGUCAACUCGAAACAUAGGACGACUAUCGCAAGGACUGGUGCUCCGCCUACCAACGAUUUUGACAUGGUGACUGGGCCAAAUGGAGAAAAAUUCACCGACUUACGCCUGAACCGGAGGACAGGAGGAAGCAAGGGUUGGAAGAAGUUCAUGUGCUUUGGGUAA